GGAAAGAGGCAGAGGUUGCUCAUCUCGUUUCUGCCAAAAACUGAUUUUGCUAAGAUGUGAAGAAAAAAUAAAGUGAACAGCGAAUAUAGAAUGGAGCGCAAUGACGCAAAUCGUGUACAGAUUCACAUGCACAUACACAUAUGUGGAUAAAUUAGUUCGUGAAUAGUAUAAUUAAUAUUAAAUCAAAUUAAAUCUCGUCACAAAAUUACGUGGGUAUGUGUUUAAAAUGCCGGAAAUUGUGGAUACUGAGUUGUUGGUGAAUUGCACAAUACUCGCCGCUAGGCGUUUUGAGCUGAACACUAUCGUUAAUUCGUCUACACUGAAUGACCUGAAUCGUACGGAAGUCAUCAGUCUACUGUCUGGAAUUAUUGAGAAUAAAGACAAUUUGGACAAUAUUAACGAAGCAAAAGACUUUUUAACCGAGUGUUUAUUCCCGUCGCCGACACGACCAUAUGAAUUACCAUGGGAGCAAAAAACAAUUUGGGCCAUUAUUUUCGGAGUAAUGCUGUUUGUGGCAAUCGCAGGAAAUUGCAUUGUGUUAUGGAUCGUUGCUGGUCAUCGCAGCAUGAGGACCGUUACAAAUUACUUUUUGCUGAAUUUGAGUAUCGCCGAUUUGUUGAUGUCUUCGCUGAACUGCGUUUUCAAUUUCAUCUUUAUGCUGAACUCUGACUGGCCAUUUGGCUCCAUUUAUUGCACCAUAAAUAAUUUUAUGGCAAACGUUACCGUCUCGACGUCGGUUUUCACAUUGGUGGCCAUCUCAUUAGACAGAUACAUUGCGAUUGUUCAUCCUUUAAAGAGACGCACGUCGCGCCGGAAAGUGCACAUCAUUUUGUUACUGAUUUGGGUUCUUAGUUGUCUAUUGGCGGCUCCUUGUUUAAUGUACUCCAGCACAAUGACGAAAAGAUACUACAAUGGCAAAUCGCGAACUGUGUGCUUCAUGUUGUGGCCAGAUGGGCGUUAUCCAACAUCCAUAUCAGAUUAUACUUACAACAUAAUCCUCCUCAUACUUACCUAUGGUUUUCCAAUGGUGGUUAUGCUAAUAUGCUACACAUUAAUGGGUCGUGUGCUCUGGGGUAGCCGUUCUAUUGGAGAGAAUACCGAUCGUCAAAUGGAAUCGAUGAGAUCAAAGCGAAAAGUAGUUCGCAUGUUUAUUGCCAUCGUUUCAAUAUUUGCUAUCUGCUGGUUUCCAUAUCACAUGUUCUUCAUCUAUGCGUACCACAACAACGACGUCACUUCUACCAAGUAUGUGCAACACAUGUACUUGGGGUUCUAUUGGCUGGCUAUGUCGAAUGCUAUGGUAAAUCCAAUAAUAUAUUAUUGGAUGAACAAACGAUUUCGGUUGUACUUUCAAAGGAUCGUCUUUUGUUAUUGCUGUAGUCCAGGCAAACAUAAAACGGACUCCCCGAAUAUAAUUGCUAAUAAAAACAGUUUUCAAAAAAUUGCAAAAGCGGAGGGGAAAAAUAUUUGGAAACGGAGCACAAUGGAGACACAAAUACAGGUUGCACAAACAUCGCUGCGCGAGAGAAUCAUCAGUGAGAGAACACCGAAUAGAGUUGUAGUAGACUGCAUACAAGAGAAAGCCAAGGAGGAUUUCGGUUCUCCAAUGUACAUUUCCAUUAAGGACGGUGCAGAACACCGCUGCAUUAGAAUUAAAUGUAUUUCAUGUGACGAAGACAAUAAACCCGGAGGCGAUAUUCAUAAGAAGGACAUGAAAGAAACUCUGUGAUUGUAACUACGCAGUGCAUAGUAUGUCAGAGACGUACAACUUUAGUUUAGUAUGCCCGUAUUAAAGUAUUUACUAAUGUUAAGUACUUGAAUGUUAAGAAUAGGUAUUUAUGAAUGUAUAGUAUGUAUAUAUGAACCAUAGAUAUGCAUAUGUACGUGUAUAUGUACGUAUUCCAACAUAGCACUUUCAGCCUAUAAAUCACUACAUUAUUGAAAUUCAAGGCUAUGUU